GAUGGGUGCUUGUUUCCGGGGUAGAAACAGAUGGUGUCUGCAGGUCCCAGAAGUCAUUCUUUUCCUGUGGACUCAGCCUCAGGCCUGGCCACAGUGUAGGAACCUGCCACCCCCAGCCUCAAAGGUGCCCUGAGGUUGUUGUGAGCAUGGCAGAAGCUGCUGCUGACCUGAGCACAGGAGAAAAUCUGGAGCAAAAGAUCCUACAGGUGCUGAGUGAAGCCAGGAGCCCUGUGAAGAUUGCCCAGCUGGUAAAGAAGUGCCACGUGCCCAAGAAAACACUCAACAAAGUCCUUUACCACCUGAAGGAGGAGGGCAAAGUAUCCUUAGAAGCCCCUGCAACAUGGUGCUUAGGCAGGGAUGCUCCUGGAGAUGAGGUUCCUGCAGUCCCUGAGGACCCCACUGCCCAUCCUAGCCUCGAUGAAAGAGUCUUCAGAUUCCUCGAGGACAAUGGGCCUCAAAAGGCCUUGCAUAUCGCCAAGGCUCUGGGAAUGAAGACCGCCAAAGAGGUGAACCCACACCUGUACAAGAUGAGGGAUAGGCACCUUCUGAGCUACGACGGGCAGACAUGGAUGAUUUAUGGCCCAAGUCAGAAAAGUCAAGAACUAGCUUGUUCUGGAGUGAGACAAGAGUCCACUGCGAUUAUUUACCAGCAGAAUCCAGUCAACGUGAUCUGCCAACAGGGAAUCAACAACCACAUCUCCAUCGCCAAUUCAGAAGCCAUCCAGAUCGGGCAUGGGAAUGCCAUGCUAAGACAGAUAGACUGUGAUCAAAAGGGUCCCAGGCCCUACCAUCCUCUCCCGCUGCCUGUAUCAGAGGACCCCUCUUCUCAGGACCCCCGACCUGGUGCCUGGGGAGAUCAGCACAUCCACAUGGAGAAGUCCAUGCUCCGACGUGUGCAGCUGGGCCACGGCAAUGAAAUGAGCGUCCCGAGGGAGCCAGUGGAACACCCUGCUUAUAGCUUUACUGGCAGCCCCCCAGUCUCAGCCACCACUGCUGACCCAGGAACUUCAUUCACCAUGCAAACACCUGAGCCAGGUGCUCACCCUGAGGGGAACACAGCCCAGAGAGUCCACAUCAAAUCCUGCCUGCUGGAGGAUGCCACCAUCGGCAAUAGCAACAAGAUGACCAUCCAUACUACGUCAGAAGCUGGAGUCACAGAGUCUGGAGACAGCAAAGAGCUGAAAGGAGACACAGACUCAAGUUCCAAAGCCAUGCCAUGUGGAAGCUGUUCCCAAACCUCCAGCAACUCCACGCUGCUCACCUCUGAGCUGGGAACUAUGACUCUGGGAGGCAGCGGCCCCGAGACCACAGGAACUGUGCUUAGGGCAGAUGGAAUCUCCGACACAGGGAGCUGCCAGACUCAGGAGUGAGACGAGAAAGCAAUGGAGCCAUGGACCGUGGGCUGACACCAUUGCCACCAUGAACCAAACCAACCUUUCCUGCCUCAAGAUGAAUCAAUCAAUCAAUCAUGUGAGCCAGCUCUACCACUUCUGAGUGUUCACCACAAGGGACAAGUCAACACAGCACACAGAUAUCUGCACAUCCCUGUUGACUGUGCUCUGUUCACAGCAGCUGAGAAAUGAAACCAACCUUGCUGUCCAUCAAUAGAGGAUGGGUAGAGGAAAUUCAGAGUAUGCACACAGUCACAUUAAAAAAAUGAGAAUGUGUCAUGUGCUGGAAAGUGGGUGUAACCAGAGACCACCAUGCUAAGUGA